CAUGCUAUUAAGUUCACGAAGGUGAGGUGACAACCGAAGACAGAAGCCGGAAUUGAAGCUCCUCCACCAUUCCACCCAACGUUCUACAAAGCCACUCCCAAAUCCAGAUUCUUUUCCCAUUUCCUUUUCAGCAAACACAAAUCGUUUUCGCCGAUUUGUUUUUGCUCAUGUCUUUCACUACUGCAUGUACUCAAUAAUUGCGUGCACUCGAAUACCAGCUCUUGAUUAGUUUUACAACUUCUUCAGAAGAAAAGAGUAACAAAUUAUUUGAAUGGUUGUCGACUUUACUUGAGAUUGUUCAUGCUGCCAGUUGAAUGGUUGUUAUAUCUAAAUUGACAAGGGGUAUCUUGUUGUUGAAGCAAUAGAGUUAUUUGAUUUAUUUUGCUGUGUGUCUUCUAGUUACGGACUUGGUGUUAUCAGGGCGUGUGAAUGUUUUCUUGCGUCAACUCCCAAAAUUGAACGGCGAUUGGUAGUGAGUGAGACCCUCGCUGGGGCUAGCCAAAAGAGGGAAGAAGAAUGGUUCCCUUUUCCAGCAUACUGGGGCACGAAAAGUGUGACAGAUAUUUAAUUUUUAGUGGAGAAUCGGCCCUUGGGGAUGGUUUUCGAGCAUUUUUUUAUUUUCUUGGCCUUGCUUACUGCUUUAUCGGAUUGUCGGCUAUAACCGCUCGCUUCUUUCAAUCGAUGGAAAAUGUGGUCAAGCACACAAGGAAGGUAGUGGAGGUAGAUCCUGUUACUAAAACUGAAACUAUUAGACAUGAAAAAGUUUGGAAUUACACUAUUGCGGAUAUUAGCCUCUUGGCCUUUGGAACUAGCUUUCCCCAGAUAUCAUUAGCCACCAUUGAUGCAGUACAGAACAUGGGGAAGCUCUAUGCUGGAGGUUUGGGACCCGGAACACUUGUUGGUUCUGCUGCAUUUGACCUUUUCCCCAUCCACGCUAUUUGUGUAGUAGUUCCAAAAGCAGGAGAGCUGAAGAAGAUUGCUGAUCUAGGGGUAUGGCUGGUGGAGCUGUUUUGGUCAUUUUGGGCUUACAUUUGGUUAUACAUAAUUUUGGAGGUAUGGACUCCAAACGUUGUGACUCUGUGGGAGGCCCUGUUGACUGUACUACAAUAUGGAUUACUAUUGAUACAUGCUUAUGCUCAAGAUAAACGUUGGCCCUAUAUUUCUCUACCAAUUGCAAGAGAUGAGAGGCCAGAGGAUUGGGUACCAGAGGAGACUCCUUAUUUUCAACAGGAAGUCUAUCAGCAGAUGAAUUUCUCUGAGAUAAAGCAUGUUAGUGAAGAAACUGGCGACACUGUUGAUAUUUUUUCCAUUCAUUCAGAAAACCCCACUGUACCUCAAACAGAUGAUGAGGCUGAAAUUUUGGUCAAAGCUAAGGAAACAACGUUGGAGGAUACCCACUUGCUUACAAUUUGGAGACAGCAAUUUGUGGAUGCACUGAGGUUGGAGAACCCAGAAUCAAAAAAAUUGAAAAAUACGUAUCUCCUCCUAGCUGGAACUUUAUGGAAAUUGCUGCUCUUACCAUGGAGAUUUCUUUUUUCUUUUGUUCCUCCUUGCCAAAUUGCUCAUGGAUGGAUCUCCUUCAUUUGCUCCCUGCUUUUCAUCAGCGGGAUAGCUUACAUUGUGACUAAGAUCACAGAACUUAUAAGUUGUGUUACAGGAAUAAACGCUUACGUGAUAGCAUUUACAGCCCUAGCCAGUGGAACCUCGUGGCCUGAUCUAGUGGCAAGCAAGAUUGCUGCUGAACGUCAACAAACUGCUGAUUCUGCAAUUGCAAACAUCACUUGCAGCAAUUCAGUGAAUAUAUAUGUUGGAAUUGGUGUUCCAUGGCUUAUUGAUACUUUGUACAACUUCAUAGCAUAUCGAGAACCUCUCCGAAUCCAAAGUGCAGGGGGACUAAGCUUUUCUCUGAUUGUUUUCUUUUGCACUUCUGUUGGGUGUAUAUCGGUUUUGGUUUUCAGGCGUAUAAUUUUUGGCGCAGAGCUAGGAGGGCCUAGGCUCUGGGCAUGGAUCACCUGUGCCUUUUUCAUGUUGUUGUGGAUUAUCUUUGUUGUACUAUCUUCACUCAAGGUUUCUGGAUUCAUUUAGAAUUUUAUAUAAAAAUAUUGAGUAAACACCAUAUUGAUGUAUGAAAGAUAAGUGCUUUCGUCAA